GCGAUAUACGGGGGCGGACAACAUAGAGGACGUACAUUCUCUUAAGGGAUCUGUGGUGACACCGGGGAGAUGCAGAGUGUCAUUAAUACAAGUGUGCUCGGAGGAGUCCGGAGAUAUUGUGCCAUGGCAGCCGCAGGGAAAGGUCUCAUCUUCAGGCAGCUCUUUGAGCCCAUCAGCUGUACAUAUACUUAUCUUCUUGCCGAUGAGGCCAGUAAGGAGGCCGUUCUGAUCGAUCCCGUGCUGGAAACCGCUAACCGGGACUCCAAACUCAUCAAAGAUCUUGGCCUAAACAUGAUUUAUGCAGCCAACACCCACUGCCAUGCCGAUCACAUUACCGGCACCGGGGCCCUGAAGAAGCUGCUGCCUGGAUGUAAAAGUGUCAUUGCCAAGAAAAGUGGGGCCCACGCUGACCUCCACAUCCAGGAGGGAGAUGUCCUCAAGUUUGGGAACUUUUUCCUGGAGGCGCGAUCCACCCCGGGCCACACGGACGGUUGCCUUACCUAUGUGCUGAAUGAUAAAAGCAUGGCCUUUACCGGGGAUGCUCUGCUCAUCCGAGGCUGCGGCCGUACUGACUUCCAGCAAGGUUCUCCCAACACUCUGUACCACUCUGUACACACCAAAAUCCUCAGCCUGCCCGACAGCUGCUUCCUGUACCCAGGCCAUGACUACACUGGUCAGACGGUGACCACCGUUGCCGAGGAGAAGCGACUGAACCCCCGACUAACCAAGGACGAGGCUGAAUUUGUCAAGAUCAUGAAUAACCUGAACCUGCCCAGACCAGCUCAGAUAGAUGUUGCCGUCCCAGCCAAUCUGAAAUGCGGGAUCCAGGAUUAAUGACGUCAUCACAGACCUGAAGAUGAGCGGGCCGAUGCAAUUCAUUGUGGUGUCUUUUUUAUUGAAUGUUCUUCUAUGAAUUGGUGGAUUUGAAUAAAGAGAAACUGAGCGUUGUCCCUCUGCUUUUACUGUGACGAAACAUUGAGAAUACUGUUUUAUCUAAAUACCUCAUUCUUCAUUACUUUUCAUAGUGAAAUGAACAUUUUUUGUAUAUAUUUGUAAAUGAUUAUUUUUCCCAGUAAAGAGGAUUUAUACCA